AUGCAAUUGGAAGAAAAAUUUAAGCGCAAACCUGUUUUCAAAGAGGAGUAUCGUAAAUUUAUUAGAGAAUAUGAACAAUUGGGACACAUGACUGAAAUUCCUAAACCUAUAUUUGGUUGCUACCUUCCACAUCAUGCAGUAUUGAAGGAAACUAGUGAAACAACAAAACUACGAGUUGUUUUUGAUGCUUCUGCAAAAACCUCUACGGGUAUAUCGUUGAACGAUAUACAAUAUAUCGGACCAGUAGUACAAAACGACUUGUUCUCAAUUUUACUGAGGUAUAGACAGCACAAGUUUGUGGUGUCAGCUGAUGUGGAAAAAAUGUACCGUCAGAUCCUCGUUGAGCCCGAGCAACGAAUACUACAAUUAAUUUUGUGGCACGAUGAUCCGACCCAGACCAUUAGGGUAUUUCGUUUGAAUACAGUAACCUAUGGUACUGCAUCAGCACCAUUUUUGAGUACGAGAUGUCUUCACCAACUUGGAUUGGAUUGUAGUGAUGAAGUAGUCUCAAAAUGUAUAAAGGACGAUUUUUACAUCGAUGAUUUACUUUCUGGUACUGAUGACCCAGCUGAGUUGAUCCAUAUAGUUCAAUCAAUCACUGAAAUUUUAAGAUCGGCUGGUCUUCCGUUACGAAGGUGGCGUACAAACUGCCCAUCUAUUUUUCAAUUCCAGUCAAAUAUCUCUACACCUAAGGACUUAGAUGUUUCUUCACCAUCCAGUGUCUUGGGAUUGAAAUGGGAUCCAUUAAAUGACAUUCUGCAGUUUUCAGUUGAAAACAUCAACUUAAACAAAAAUGUAACUAAACGUACUAUUUUGUCCAAUUCUGCUAAACUCUUUGAUCCAUUGGGUUUGCUAAGCCCUUGUACUAUCGUGCCGAAGAUAAUACUACAAAAAUUAUGGCAAUCCAAACUGGGAUGGGACGACCCAGUAGAUGAUAAAUUAGAAUCAGAGUGGCGGAAUUUUACAAUUAAUUUGAACACAGUAUCAAAGGUCGGAAUUGGUAGACAUAUACUCAUCAAUCAGCCCGUUAUUAUAGAAUUACAUUCAUUCUCAGAUGCUUCACAGGCAGCAUAUGCUGCAGCUAUUUACCUCAGGUCGAUAGAUAGCUCAGGCAACAUUUUCGUCAAAUUAGUCUGCGCCAAAACCAGAGUCGCUCCAGUAAAACCUACGACAAUACCACGCCUUGAGCUGUGCGGGGCAUUACUGUCAGCACGACUGAGCUCAAAGGUUGCGAAAUCACUCCGUUGUGAUAUAACUUCUUCCUAUCAUUGGACUGAUUCAACGAUUGUUUUAGGUUGGUUGUCCUCUGAAGCUUGUAACUUGCAACCCUUUGUCGCCAACCGUGUCAGUGAAGUACAAGAAUUGACUGCAUCUGGUACUUGGAGGCAUGUGCCAGGCGAUAAAAAUCCAGCGGAUAUGGCCUCUAGAGGUGUAAAUCCUAAGUGUAUGCAGUCAGCUACACUUUGGUGGGAAGGUCCACCAUUUUUAUUUGAGGAUCCUUGUAGCUGGCCUCAAACAAUGAACACAAAAAAUAUUCUCGAUUUACCCGAGAAGAAAACUACUGCUAAAUGUUUACACGCUACGACUACACUCAAUUCUACUAUUCAUGUUAACUCUUUGAUAAACUUCGAUAAAUAUUCAAGAUUUUCAACUUUACAGAGGUCUGUAGCCUACGUUUUACGUUUCAUCUCAAAUUCGCGCAAUAAAGUCGAUAAAUUUUCAAGUUCAUUGUCCACUGUUGAGUUACAUUCUUCACUCCAAUUGUUGAUAAAACUGCACCAGAGAGAUUGCUUCUUAAAUGAAAUCAGAAUUUUAAGUAAUAAGCAGAACUUACCCUCUUAUUCUCGUAUGUUGUCGCUCAGUCCGUUCCUUGAUGAGAAUGGCAUACUUCGUGUUGGUGGCCGCAUACAGAAGUCGAAGGUUAGCUAUGAUAGAAAACAUCCUGCUUUGUUAGAUAUAAAUCAUAACUUCACAAAAUUGCUAUUUUCCUAUCAUCACAUCAAACUUAUGCAUUGUGGACCUCAGCUUUUGUUGAGUGAUUUAAGAAAUGAAUUUGGGCCUUUAAGAGGUAGAAUCUUAGCUAGAAGCACCAUAAAUAAUUGCAAGAUAUGUAGAAUAAUGAAAGCUAAAUGUUUAAAUCCACUAAUGGGCAACUUACCUGCUUCUAGAGUCAUCCCAAGUUCUCCAUUUCAGGUUAGCGGUGUCGAUUUUGGCGGUCCAUUUUACAUCACAGACCGAAAGGGUCGCGGUUGCAAAAUAACAAAAUGUUAUUUAUGUCUAUUUGUAUGUUUUGCCACUAAGGCUUUACAUUUAGAGGUAGCAAGCGACCUUACGUCUGAUGUUUUCAUUUUAUGCUUGCGACGGUUUAUAUCUCGAAGAGGAAAGCCUCUUCAAUUGUUAUGUGAUAAUGGCACAAAUUUUGUCGGCGCAGGCAACGAAAUCGCGAGAUUCUUAAAAACAAAUAACGAAGAAAUCUCAGGUUUUGCAGCAAAUGAGGGCAUUAAUUUCAAGUUUUCACCAGCAUACUCCCCUCACUUCGGUGGGCUUUGGGAAGCGGGCAUUAAAUCCGCCAAAUACCAUAUCACUAGAAUCUUAGGAGACAAACAUUUGACAUUUGAAGAACUAACAACAUUAUUUACGCAAAUUGAAGCAAUCCUUAAUUCCAGACCAUUGACCCCACUUUCUUCUGAUCCUACAGACCUUAAUCCUUUAACUCCAGCACAUUUCCUCAUAGGCAAGCCACUCACUUCAUUGCCAGUAGAAAAUCUCUUACAAGCAAAUCCUAACAGGCUCAGCAGAUUUCAGAACCUCGAGAGCAUGCGUCAACAUUUUUGGCAUCGUUGGAAGAAUGAAUAUCUCAGCGAAUUACAACAAAGGUCCAAAUGGCGCAUCAAGCAAGAAGGGCUAAAGGAAGGCGAUCUGGUUGUCAUCAAGGAAGCCAACGUUCCUCCUUUGAAAUGGCGUAUGGCCCGAGUUUCGAAAUUGUUUCCCGGAUCGGAUGGAGUUUCAAGAGUAGCUGAGCUUUACACAUCCAAGGGUAUCAUCCGAAGAGCUGUGCACAAUCUUUGCUCCCUGCCGGUACCACCAACAGCGGAAGUUCCUCGAAGUCCAAAGGGAUUCGAGGGGGGGGAAGAUGUUUAG